AUGGGAGGGUCGGCAUCGUCAAAUACGACUUUGGCGUCAGCCUCAACCUCGGCCCCGUCUUCAGCUUCCAAGACCUCAUCAACGACAACAUCGGCAUCAACAUCGACAUCGACAUCAACCCCAAACCGAAACCGAAACCUGAGCAACACCGCCAGCGCCAGUGCAAGUGAAAGUGAAAAUGGAUACGUAGAGAUCGACCAACCUACUAUCCCACGCUCGAGUUCGACACGUUCCGCCACUUCCACCUCGUCUUCUUCCACUUCCACCCCGUCUUCUUCCGCCAAUCCUUCCGCUUCCUCCAAAUCCAAUUUCACCUCGACGGAGAUACCUUCUACGAAGACCUCAACUUCGACCGGGACGACGACGGGCACGACGGGCACCCCAGCGAGGAAGGCGGGCAGGACGAUCGGGCUGAAGGGGAAGAAGAACGCUAUCACGCUCACCCCCUCGGCCAUCUCCCGUCUCGCCGAACUCGCCGACCCCGCGGCCUCUUCAUCAGCUUCAGCCUCCACGCAGGAUUCCGCUGCGCCCCAACUCCUCCGUAUCUCCGUCCGCAACCGAGGCUGUGCGGGGCUCGCCUACCACCUUUCUUACCUCCCCCUCGAUGCGGUCAAUCGGUUCGACGAGAUCGUGGAACAGGACGGAGUGAAAGUCUUGAUCGACUCGAGGGCGUUGUUCAGCGUGGUGGGGAGUGAGAUGGAUUGGGUGGAAGAUCGGAUGAGCGCGAGGUUCGUCUUCAAAAACCCGAACGUCAAGGACGCUUGUGGGUGUGGAGAAUCGUUUCACGUUUAA